GUUUUUUUGUUCAUGCAAAGAAUUAAGGUGACUAUCAAGUGAGGACAGCACAUAUCUUUUAUGUUUACAUAAAUUUGCAUUUAUUAUUAUUAUUAUUUUUAUCAUCAUAAUCAUAAAAACAGCCAAUCUUAUCUUAAAUUUUUAAAACCAUACACUGGAAAAGCGCGACAUUUACUCAAGUUAUUCACAUCCAACGCUUGUCUCUAAAUUGACAAUAUUUAUCAAAAAGUUCUAUUCAAAUGCUGACGACCAGAUUGCUUACUGAAGAAGAAAAAUUCCCUAGCAAUAAACAUUAUGAAGGAAAAUUGUAUCAAAUUAAGAAACGCUUUCAAAUUAUGCCUCAUCUUCAAGUUAUCUGUAAUAGCAGAAAUUUUUGGAAGAAACUUUCAGCUCAACUUUUCUAUUUAACUAGCCUUUACUCACUUGUUUGUAUUGUUUUUGCCGCUUACAUGUACAUAUUAUUUUACUUUACAAUAUUAGCUGAUUAUCCAAAACUUACUGGAUUACAGAAUCAAUUAAAAAUGAAUCCAGGUCUGUCAAUGGUACCAAAUCCAAGUGUUCUGACAAGUUUGAUAAAUUUUCGUACUUCUAAUCCAGUCUCCUAUUCAUCUAUGAUGGAUGAAAUGACUGCAUUUUUAUCUUAUUAUCAAUAUAAUUUAGUCGGUGGUAUGUUUGCAUCAUGUGAAGAUAGUCCAACACUACUAAAUCCUCGUCGUCCGUGUCGAUUUAAUCUCGAUGCUAGUGGUCCAUGUAAUCUGAAAAAUGGUUAUGGUUAUUAUGAAGGUAAACCGUGUUUUGCUAUUAAAUUGAACCGGAUCUACGGUUGGCUACCAGACCCAUUGGUGAAUAAAACUGGUGUUCUGUUGAAAUGUGAAGGAUUAACUGAAACAGAUUCAGCCUAUUUAGGCAAAGUAUGCUAUUAUGACAGUGAAUCAUUGAAACGACAUCAUGCAUUAAACACGAAUGAUGAUUGGUGUGAUAAAGAUUUUGGUAUCUUUGAUCCAAUGUUCUAUCCUUACUUAAAUCAAGGCGGUUAUCAAUCCCCGUUAGUAUUUGUACAUUUUUAUAAUCCAAAACGACACGUGAUUAUUUGGGUAAAAUGUUAUACACUAGCAAAAAAUAUUAAAGUUAAUGAAAAUUUAAAUGAAGGUUCUAUUGUGUUUCAAAUACUUGUUGAUUGAAUAGCAUCAACUUGUUACAGGAUUUUUUUUUUGUGCUUUUGGUCCUUAAAAAGAAGUUUCAUUUCAUACAGAAUAACAUUUCCUGUUUUGAAAUGUAUCAUUUCAUGUCUAUCGUGUUGAAAAAUGAAGAAAAAGAAUAACAAAGAAUGUGGAAUUACACACUUAUAAAAAAAAGAACUGGAAACAGUGUCUUAUGUAAAUGUUUUAAGCUAUAUCUUUUUUUUUAAAAUGCCUAGUGAAUAUUAAUUUUUAGCAUAAUUUUAAUUUAACGGUG